AUGGAUCGAUGGAUUCCUGAUCACGGUGAUGAUGUGUAUGAUGUCAUGUUAAAUCAGACAAAUGUCAGGGAUAAUAAUAACAAAUGGGGAAGAGUUGGUGUGACAGGACAUAUUAAACUAGAUGGGCCUUAUGACGCAUGUGAUCCUGCAGUAGAAAUAUUCAGCAACAAGUUCUAUGACAAGACACAGAAUCAUUGGUCUGACAGAAAGGAGUUUAUCCUUCAUCCCAAGUCCUAUGCAUGGCUUGAAAUGGACUAUGGCAAAGAAGAAAAUGAAUCAGUUGUCAAUGAUAUUCCCAAAUCAUCUUCUGAAGUUGAACCUGAGGAAUCAAAACUAGAUCCCCAGGUUGCCAAGUUCAUCUCUCUUAUAUGCAAUGUAAGCAUGAUGGCACAACAAAUGAUGGAGAUAGGAUACAACGCUAAGGAAUUGCAACUUAGGAAGCUAAGCAAGUCCAUAAUAUCAAAGGGUUAUGAAGUGUUGCAGAGAAUAUCGGAGAUGAUUGAGCGGUAUGAUAGAGCAAGGAUUGAAGAACUGAGUGGAGAGUUCUAUACUGUAAUACCCCAUGAUUUUGGUUUCAAGAAAAUGAACACUCCUCAAAAGUUAAAACAGAAAAUAGAAAUGGUUGAAGCAUUAGGUGAAAUCGAAUUGGCGACAAAGUUGUUGUCAGUCGACCAGGGAUUGCAGGAUGAUCCUUUAUACUAUCAGUACCAGCAACUUAACUGUGGAUUGACACCAGUAAGAGUUGAUUCAGAAGAGUUCUCUAUGGGUAUGUUAUUGUUCAAUGAAUAUAUUGUCUACAAUACGAAACAAAUCAAGAUGCGAUACGUGAUCCAAGUCAGAGUCAUCUACAAGUAG